AUGUUGAAGAUAGAGAAACUGAGUCCCAUGGAGGACCACACCAUUCCUAAGACUGGGAUACUCAUCCCGGGAAACUCUGGGUACCUGCGCGCCCUGUACCUGGGGCUGCAGAGCCGCUGGCGCGGGGAGCGGCUGCGGCGCCACUUCUACUGGCGGAUGCUGUUCGAGAGCGCGGACGUGAGCAUGCUGCGCCUGCUGGAGACCUUCCUGCGCAGCGCGCCGCAGCUCGUGCUGCAGCUCAGCCUCCUGGUGCAGCGCGGCGCCGAGCCCGACCUGCUGCCCGCCCUGUCCACCUCUGCCUCACUCGUGUCCCUGGCCUGGACGCUGGCCUCCUACCAGAAGGUGCUGCGGGACUCACGGGACGACAAGCGGCCGCUGUCCUACAAGGGCGCCGUGGCCCAGGUGCUCUGGCAUUUGUUCACUAUCGCGGCUCGCAGCCUGGCCUUCGCGCUCUUUGCCAGCGUCUACAAGCUCUACUUUGGCAUCUUCAUCGUGGCCCACUGGUGCGUCAUGACCUUCUGGGUCAUCCAGGGCGAGACGGACUUCUGCAUGUCCAAGUGGGAGGAGAUCAUCUACAACAUGGUGGUGGGCAUCAUCUACAUCUUCUGCUGGUUCAACGUCAAGGAGGGCCGCAGCCGCCGCCGCAUGGCCCUCUACUACUGCAUCGUCCUGCUUGAGAAUGCCGUGCUCACUGGCUUCUGGUACUCCAGCCGCAACUUCUCCCCUGACUUCCGCUCGCUCAUCCUGGUCUGUGUGGUGGCCUCCAGCUUCGCGCUGGGCAUCUUCUUCAUGUGUGUCUACUAUUGCCUCCUGCACCCCAACGGGCCCAUGCUGGGUCCCCAGGCGCCUGGCUGCAUCUGCCCGGAGUCCCCAGGACCCUGUGGCCCACCAGCCGACGCUGUCACAAGUCCCCCAAGAUCCCUGCCAAGGACUACAGGCGCUGAGAGGGAUGGGGCCUCAGUGGGGGGCGAGCGUGCAGGGACCCCCACGCCACCUGUCUUCCAGGUGCGCCCUGGCUUGCCUCCCACACCAGUGGCUCGCCCUUUGCGGACAGAAGGGCCUGUCAUUCGGAUUGACCUGCCCCGGAAGAAGUACCCUGCCUGGGAUGCUCAUUUCAUCGACCGCCGGCUCCGGAAGACCAUUCUGGCGCUGGAGUACGCCUCUCCUGCCACUCCUCGGCUGCAGUACCGGAGCGUGGGGGUCUCCCAGGAGCUGCUGGAGUACGAGACCACGGUGUAGGCCACAGUCUCCCCCACAAAAAGGGACAGGCUUGGCUGACCCCACAUCAAUCACAGUGUUGAGCCCGGAAUUUCAGGGCCACCCAGCUAAAGGGGUGUGGAUCUGUUGGUCCAAGGGCAGAGUGGCCCACCAUUGGGUUCUUUCAGGGGAGCGGACAGCCUUGUGGAGGCCCCAGCCCUAGGCCCUGUUUUCAGCCCUGUGGCCCAUUUCCUAAACUCCCCUGAACCAGGGCCCAGGGAAUCAACUGGUGCUACACUCCUCAUUAGCUGCCCCACUUUCAUGAAGGCCUCCAUACGCGUCUGGUGCCAGGGGCACCCCACCCUCUCCCCUGCCUGGAGUCACCCACAUGUUGCUCCUGGCGGACCUGCCAGAGACAGGGCACUGGCUGGGGUCCAUGACCUGGGCCCUGUGUUCCUCAAGGGGUGUGGGGGGUGGGCUGCUUCUCUGGGGAGAGGAGAUCUCCGAGAAGGCUGGAGGAGGCCGUGGAAGAUGUGAGGGGAGGUGGGAGCAUCUGGUCGACAAGGUUGGUACAGUUCCUGUGGGGUCCGAGGUCCGGAGCCUGGGCA